AUGGAUCACGGCGGAAUGGACCACGGUGGACACGCUGGACACGGCGGCAUGCCCUCAGACUCGCCUCACGCGAUGGCUUGCAAGAUGUCGAUGCUGUGGAACACAGACCCGGUCGGGCAUUGUCUGGUGUUCCCGUCCCUCCAGAUCACCCAGUCCUCCGUCCUCCCCUACCUUGCAGCCAUCGUCCUUCUCUCGAUGCUCUGCGAAUACCUCCGCCUCUCCCUCUCCUCCUUCGACCGCGCCCUCCGCUCCAACCUCCGAGGCGGCGCAUACCCUCCACCGUCACGAAUAGACGGCGCAAGCACACCUCGCCUUGGUACGCCGGCGGGAGGUCUGCGGAGAACGAGCGCACUGGGCUUGCCGACGGAUAUGAGCGAGGAGGCGUUGUUGGGCGGAGGAGCACAUGGGUCGAGGGCGAGGUACUGGGGCGUCGUACGUCUACCCUGGACCGUCCAGCUGCGACGAAGCCUGCACUACGUAGCGCACAUCUCGCUUUCGUUCUACAUCAUGCUUCUUGUCAUGUCGUACAACGCGCAGAUCAUCUUCUCUAUCAUCCUCGGCGCAUUCCUCGGCCACUUCGUCUUCCAGCGAAGCAUCGACCUCGGAGCAACUGGGGAGGAUGAGCCGAAAGGUCUGCAAUGCCAUUGA